AUGCAGCCGUCGAUGUACCGGGAGGAAAUCACCGUCGGGAUCCUUGCCCUGCAGGGUGCCUUUGUCGAGCAUCAGACCAUGCUCCAGAAGCUAUCGUUGAAGCAGCGGAUAAACAUCGUGCAGGUUCGGACACCGGAGGACCUGGCGAAGUGUGAUGCACUCAUCAUUCCUGGUGGAGAGUCGACAACAAUCGCAUUGCUCGCGCGGCUUGCUGGUUUGCUAGGACUUCUUCGGGACUUUGUGAAAGCGAAGCCGGUGUGGGGAACAUGUGCUGGUGCAAUAUUGCUUGCGCAGGCGGUCGAAGGGACGAAGAAGGGCGGACAGGAGCUGCUUGGUGGGAUGUCUGUGACGGUGAUGCGGAAUGGCUUCGGGUCGCAGGUCGAAUCGUUCGAGGCACCACUGGAAGUCGACGGCCUGCGCGAUUCUGACCGGCCAUUCCAUGGCGUUUUCAUCCGCGCCCCUGUCGUCCUCUCACUUAAUCCCUCACCGAACGACCCGCCCAUUGAGGUCGUCUCUCGCCUGUCCGCAAGUCUCCUUCCCCACAACCAAACAGCGAUCCCUCUAGACGUAGAUGAUACCGACCCAUGCGACCCGCGGACCAUCGUGGCCCUUCGGCAGCGGCACCACCUGCUCACGACAUUCCAUCCCGAGCUGACAAAGGAUGAUCGCUUCCACGAGUACUUCAUCCGGCAGUGCGUCCUACCCUCGCUCUCGUGA